AGCCAAACAGUUACAGGAGCCCGUAUUGGGUAACAUGGGGGACGAUAGAGUAACGAAUGUCGCCGAGUUAAAGCCCGGAAUGAAGGGGGUUUCAUGUUUAUUUAUUGUCCUGGAUAUUGGCGAGCCAACGAAAACGAAAGAGGGCCACACUGUUCGUAGCGUUUUGGUGGCCGAUAGGACCGCUUCUAUAAGCUUGUCAGUAUGGGAUGAGUGGGGAGAAGCAGUAAGAAGUGGAGACAUUCUCAAAUUGACGAAAGGAUAUGCUUCUCUGUGGAAAGGAAGUCUGACUCUUUACAUUGGUCGAACAGGAGUACUGCAAAAAGUUGGAGAGUUUACAAUGGUGUUCUCAGAUACUCCAAAUAUGAGUGAAAAGCACUUCGAUGGAUCAGGUAUUGCUGGAUCCAAUGAAUCAUUUGUGGGCCAAUCUCAAUCUGGUGGUGAAAGUCAGUCGUUUGUUGGGAAAGGGUCUUCAUCUACUGAUCAGAGACAUAUUGCUCAUGUUCAUCAUCAAGAAGUAGCACCACCACAAUUAGGACCUCGACCAGCUGUCAGCUCACGACAUCAAAUGGAGGGUCAUGGAGGCCUGCGACCUCUGAUGGGUGGUGAACGUAUCCGACAGGUUCACCGACCAGGAGGAAGGAAUCAUCUCCAUGGACAUUACAGUCAGAGACCUCAGGCAGAACAACCAAGAAACAACCAUUGGUGAUAACCUUAAUUAGCUACUAUAAGUUCAAAUGCUUGUGUUGCAUGUGAUGAGUUGGUACAUAGAACAUCUAGAUAAUGCUUAGCCAUUUAAUUAAUACAGUAUACUCG